AUGAAUAAGAAAGGUGAAUUAUAUGCAAUGAAAACCGAAAGUGUUAAAUCAUGUAAUAAGGUUCUUAAAGCAGAAUAUUAUGUUUUGAAUGAGUUGAAACGGAUUAAAGCUCAACAUUUUUGCACGAUAAUCGAUAGUGGACGCAUUGGAGAAAUCAAAUACGUUGUUAUGACUCUCGUUGGAGCAACUCUAACGGAACUUCGAAAAUUUGAUCCAACCGCAAAGGUACAUAAAUUCUCGUUGGGAUGUGCACUUUCAGUGGGAAUCAAAUGUUUGGAAGCAAUCAAAGAGAUACACAGUGUCGGUUAUCUUCAUCGAGAUAUCAAGCCUGGAAAUUAUGCGAUUGGACGUGCUGAAGUUCGCAAUAUUUAUUUACUUGAUUUUGGGAUGUGUCGAAAAUACAAGGAUAACGCAUCCAACAUUCGAAAUCCACGUUCAUUCGCUGGAUUCCGUGGCACAGUCAGGUAUGCACCACUGAGUUGUCACGUUGCUCGCGAACAGUCUCGUAAGGACGACUUGGAGAGUUGGCUUUAUCAACAGGUUUAUUAUUACUUUAAAUACGCAUAUGUCUUGAGGAAUUAG